AUGCAGCAUGGAUCCCCGACGUCCGAAGACGACAAGUCUCAAGGGCUAUCAAUGUGGAAAUGGGUCCGCAGUCAGUUCAACUUGAGACCGCCUGAAGAUGACGAGCCACAGUCAUGGUGGAUUGCAUCGACGGCCAUUCCAUUGCUUGCUGCUGCGACAGGUCCACUCGCCAAUCUCAUGUCGAUCGUUGCGCUGGUCAUGCCAUGGCGGAGCCAAAUUCUCUCCAGGACUGAAAGUGCUGCUGGGAAUCUCAUGCAAGAAGUGAUUCCGGAUUCUCAUUGGAUCACUGCUCUGAAUGCUGUUUCGCUUGUCUGUGGGGUCGUCGGGAAUAUUUUUCUGCUAUUCAAUUUUACCAAAGUCAUCCGCUAUAUCAUAGCUUUGCCGGUGACGAUUAUCUUGUGGUUCACUGCAACGGGAAUCUUAUGUGGGAUUACCAUUGCUACACAUGUCCAUAUCCCACCAACAGGUACGGGUCAGGUAUACUCGCAAGCAUAUUGGAGUGCCGUAAUUGCGGCAAUUCUCUACUUUCUCUUAAGCCUCGUGUUGAUGAUCAACAUGCUGGGCUAUUUCUUGGGUAAAUACCCGCAACACUUCGCGUUGACCGACGAGCAGCGAACCUUGAUUCUACAGAUGACCGCAUUUGUGAUCUGGCUGUUGAUUGGUGCGGCGAUUUUUCAACGAGCCAUAGGGAUUCCGUAUGCCGAUGCAUUAUACUUCUGCGAUGUGACCGUUCUGACGUUAGGGUUUGGUGAUAUAACUGCUACUAGCCCUGUCGCCCGAGGUCUUGUCUGGCCAUAUGCAGUCAUCGGUAUUAUCAUUCUUGGUUUGGCUGUGGGUAGCAUUCAUAAAUUUGCUCGCGAAGUUCACUACGACAAUGUCAUUCGGAAGCACAUUGAACAGAAACGGCAAUCCACCUUUCAACGAUCAAUCGAGCCUGAGGAGCUCGGAACACUCCAAGAAAAAUACCCAGAUGGCGCAGAAGAACUCACUCCCCCAGCUCUCACUCGCCAAAAUUCUGAACCGUAUCGGCGUUAUCGGCCGAUUCGCAAUACAAUCAAUGCCAUUGCGGCAAAUCGUCGACCCAGGGUUCUUGUAAUGCGUGAAGAAAAGGAUCGAUUUGACGCCAUGCGCCACAUUCAGGACGAUACCAUGCGCUUUCGCCGCUGGAAUGAUUUGAUUAUCAACCUCGUUGCGUUUGGGAUUGUUUGGACAUGCGGAGCAGUAGUGUUCUGGCGAUUAGAAAAGAUGACCUACUUCGAAUCGCUCUACUUUUGCUUCUGCUCCUUGCUUACCAUCGGAUAUGGGGAUUUCACGCCGCAGUCGAAUGCGUCCCGACCAUUCUUUGUCUUGUGGUCUAUAAUCGCCAUUCCGACCAUGACCAUGCUUAUCUCCCAUAUGAGUGACACUGUGGUGGUCAGCUUUAAGCGCGCCACUGAUAUAAUCGCCGACUACCUCGUGCUCCCUCAAUCGGGCAUCUACAGGUCAACUUUGGGCCGCAUCCCCGGCAUCGGCCAGUUCCUAGCUUCGCGUCAGGAGAGAAAGCGAGUCAAGCAUGGAUUCCAACUCGAGGGAGCCGAUGAACCCGAGUCAGGGGAAAGUGCGGAUUCCGAGGAAGCUCGUGACAACGAGAACUUGGCAGAGUCACAUCCACACCAAACCCUUGAGGAACUCGCCCGCGAUCCAUCCCCACUAGAGCUCGCCCAGCAACUUGCCUUUUCCAUACGCAAGCGGAAACGAUACUCUUACGAAGAAUGGGUCGAAUUCACCCGGCUCAUCCAAUUCACUGAUCCACGAUCCCGACUGCGAUCGUCUUCAGAAAAUCAAUCGGUCAGCGGGGAAUAUGCUGCCAAUACAGAGGAUGAGUAUGGGCUUCUCAAUUGGGAUUGGAUCGGUGAGAACAGCCCCAUUGUGACGAAACAGACAGAGCCUGAGUGGGUGCUGGAUCGGUUGUGUGAAAGUUUGAUUCGGUAUGUGUCGACUCAAGAGGACAGUCUGAUUGGCAGAGGUUAUGUGGAUCCGACGGAGGAGGCAACUCUUAGGAAGGAAAGGGAUAUUGGAUUGGAUGAAUGA